AUGGAGGCUAAAAACCUCAACAAGGAUGACAAUGAAGAAAGCAAGAUCGGUAGCAAUGGUGUUACUUACAGUAAGAAAGUGGUCGACUUUGAAAAUGGCGAGAGCGUCAAUAUUUGUGAAUCUAGCGUGCCAGAUGUUGGUAAUGCAGAAACAAACCAAAUUACCCAGGUUGAUAAUAAAGAUGUUAACGACAACGUCACGGGCAAGAAGGAUGUUAACAUGGAAGCUGUAUGUGCAGAUUUAUUCAUUGGUUUGAAAUAUUUACCUAUCAAAAAUUUCGUUUUUACUUUGCCUUUUAGAAUGAAUGCUUUAAAUGAAAAGAUUGAAAAAGUGGAAAUGUUUCGCGAUACCUAUUUUCAUAUGUAUCCAGAAGCCUCAGCAACUGAUAGAUCUAAAGCUGUUAGGGAAGCUGCUUUGUUGUUAUUAGAGGAAAUUCCUUUGGACUUGUGUGGAUCUGCUUCGUCUGCAACCUUUAACUUAAUUUACAGUCGCAUAUUAAAUACCUGCGUUGAAUAUGAUCCAAUGUGUGAAGCACAUUUAAUUUUAGCCCUGAAACUGGAUCCAUUUAUGCAUCAGGCUUGGUAUGAAAUGGGAGUUUGCCUUUGCAAGAAGAAAGACUGGUCUGGUGCAGUAGAGGCUUUCGAGAAAGCCGUGCGAGGUCACCGUUGUUCAAAAUAUUUAUCUGCGUUGGCAAUCAAUUUGCGUCAAUUGCCAUCUUCAAAUUUCGCUAGUGAAGCAGCGCGGCUUGCAUCGUACGAAUAUGCAAAAGACCUUUGCGUUGAAGCAGUAAAAUUAGAGAAACAUAAUGGCAUUGCGUGGCAUGCUCUUGCGAAUUCCCAUCUUACUUUAUUUUUCCUCAUGGGACAAACUGAACCAAUUUCUCUGAAAUUUGCUAUACGGGCUUAUGCCAAAGCUUUAAAAUAUGGUCACCCAGCUACUUUCGGUGAUAUUCAUCUUAAUUAUGCUACUGCCUCGAAGUUUGAUCAAGAUUAUCAAAACUGUUUGCAACAACUUCGGUUGGCAGUAAAAACUGGAUCUGUGGAAGCAACUGAACGUCUAAAAAUUCUUAGCUCCUUUUUGUUUAAUAUUAGCCAAGCUGUUGCAAAACAAGGUUGGUGCAAGAUAAAUAGAAAUUCAGGUUCAGUAACGGCAAAGCGAUUACGUGAGUAUCAAAAGUCAUUGGGUGAACAUGACCUUGGUUUUUACCAAUUCGAUCGUAAUUUUUCAAAAUCCAAAAAGCCGGUUUACGUGCAAUUCAAAGAUUUAAAAAAUGGGCUGAAUGAAGAUGUGGUUAUAGCUGGAAAAGUUAUUGCUAUCAUUCCCAAUCGCGAUGUUAUACCAUUGUAUGUUUUUGAGUUCUCGAAUUUGAUUCAAAUUUUAACUGUCUCAUUCAUAUCCAUUCAUUAUUUGUUUAUUUCAGGUAUUUCUUAUUUCAGUGUUUUCAUUGUUUGUGAUAAGGACGGCGAGCGCCUGGCUUUUGCAGUUUAUAAUUUCUCGGAUCUUUUUACAGUCGUUCUUGGAAAUUCAUUUUGUGUGGCGAACCCCUAUGUGCUUAAUGUUAGCGUGGAUCUUGAGGCUAAGGACAUAAGUCAAGCGAAAGAUCAAAAAGCAGUGGACAUGAAUGCUGACAGAAAUAUUCAUAUCAGUUUUAAGGUUGUAAGAGUCAUGAAUCCAAUGUCACUUUUGAAAAAUGGCAAAGUCCUGAGUAAAGAGUGCGUUGCUUAUUGCACUACUGAAGCAUCAUGGAAUUAA